AUGAGCUCUAUUUUGAACUUGUCAAAUUUAAAGGACAAGAUAACGUCAAAGUUGAGUCUACAAGGAUCCUCAAAGAAUCAAAAAUCUGGAAAGGAUUCAAAGGAGAAGGAUCAACAGAAGCCCAAGGAGUCGAGCAAAAUCGAAAAAUCAAAGGAAUCGAAGAGAAAGUCUAGCAAACAAGACAAGGGUAGUAACGUCGAAAAGGUUAUAGAUGCAAACAGUAAGAACAAUGCAGACGAGACAUUGCGUCAGGAAGCCUUGGCUUUAGGUGCUACAGAAGAAGAUUUGAAGUUAUUACAAGGAAUUGAAAGUGAUGAUGAUAAAAGCGAGAUUGAGUUCAAUGAUGACUCGAAAUUGGAUAAACACUUUGGAGACGAUUUAAGUAAAUUUAUAAAAGAGAUUGGCUUGGGCAAUGGAGAACCCGUUGUCAUUGAUGACGAAAAUGUUGAUGAGGCAGACCACAAUGAUAAUGACGGGGAAGCACAAGAUGAGCUUCUAGGUGAGAAGGAGGAUUAUAUCGAUGAAGAGAACUCGUCUAGCUCUGCGUCUAGUUCAGAAGAAGAGGAAGAGGAAGAGGAAGAGGAAGAGGAAGAAGAAGAGGAAGCUCCUGAAUUAGUCCAAGAUGACAGCACCAUUAGCUUUACCAACGGCGAGGACCAAGUAGUUGUUAAAGAAGCGGAGCUCAAGAAGUCCAAAAAAGAUCCAAAGAAGGAAGAGAAUUCCGAUGAGAUUACUGAUUUCUCAAUGGUAUCCAGUGGGAAACUCGUUGUUCCGAAUAGAUUGGAUUGGUACAAUAUAUUUCCACUUACCAACGCGGAAGGUUUGCCUAAACUAGACCGGUUUGCUCGUGAAAGAUUACUUGAGCGUGGACAAAGGACGUUAGACAAGGACAACAAGGUUUAUUUGGAAGAGUUUGCUUCGAACUCGUCUCAAAAGAAAUUCUUGUCACAAAUCUUAUCUGAUGGUACUUUGAAUGAUAAAAUUUCAGCAUUAACCUUGUUGGUACAGGAAGCUCCACUACACAACAUAAAAGCACUUGACACCCUUUUGUCUUAUUGUGAUAAGAAAUCCAGAACUGCUGCAUUACAAUCGAUAGUUGCAUUGAAGGAUUUGUUACUCAAUGGUCUAUUGCCUGAUCGUAAGUUGUUUGCAUUUGAUAAACAACCAUUGUCGAAAGAUGAAUCUUCGAUGACUGAUGCUCAAUUAGCUGUUUUCUUGUUCGAGGAUCAUUUAAAAAAGACAUACUUUAAAUUACUUCAAAUUUUGGAAAGGCUCUUGCAGGAUCCAAUUGUCCACGUUAGGAUGAAUGCUUUAAACCAUGUUUUUGAUUUAUUGAAGUCAAAACCAGAACAAGAAGUGAACUUGUUAAAAUUAGGUGUCAAUAAAUUGGGUGAUACCGAUAACAAAGUAGCAGCAAAAGCUUCAUAUUUGAUUUUACAAUUAGAACAAACACACCCAGCAAUGAAGAAAAUCGUCACCGAUGCAGUUAUUGAUGUUAUAUUCCAAAGCACAACUGAUGAUCACACUAAAUACUACGGUGUCACUACACUCAACCAAACAAUCAUCACAAGAAGAGAGGACGAAUUAGCAAAUGCUUUGGUAAAGACCUAUUUUGCAUUAUUUGAAAAAGUGUUGAUUGAAAGUAACACUUUUGGCAAAGAUGCAAACGAUUCAAAAGACAAGUUAAUUGGAGAAUCUCAAAAGGGAAGAAAGAAUAAUCGCAAGAAUUUCAAGAAGGGUAAAAAGGGAGGUAAAUCAAUCAAAAAAGAGGAUAAAUCACAGCAAGAGAUUAUCGAAGAAAAAAAUUCAAAAAUGUUUUCUGCUUUGUUGACAGGAUUGAAUCGUGCUUUCCCCUUUUGCGACUUGCCUAAUGAAAUCUUUCAAAAUCAUUUGGACACUCUAUUCAAGAUUACACAUAGUAGCAAUUUUAAUACGGCUAUACAAGCUUUAGUGUUGAUUAAUCACAUCAUUACCAAACAAGAGUUGAAUGCGGAUAGGUAUUAUCGAACAUUAUAUGAAUCCUUACUUGACGCAAGAUUAGUAAACACUUCAAAGCAGGGGAUAUAUCUUAACUUGUUGUACAAAUCAUUGAAGAACGAUUCAUCCAAUAUUCCUCGGGUUUUGGCUUUUGUGAAGAGGAUAAUGCAGGUUAUUGCUCACUGGUUGAAUGUAGGAGCUAUUGCUGGUAUGUUGUACUUGCUAAUGGAAUUGUCCAAGUCAAUUCCUGAAAUUAGUGAUUUAUUGAUCGAUGUCAACUCAAGACCUGAUGAAGAAAAAAGUGAAGAACCGAAAAAGGAACCAUCAGUCGAUGUUGAAGGUUCGGACAAGACAGAUUCAAUCUCGGUUCAGCAAACCGAUGUGUACGAUCCAAAGAAACGUGACCCCAACUAUGCCAAUGCUGAUAAAUCGUCAUUAUGGGAAAUUGAUUUGUUUGUCAACCAUUUCCACCCAACCGUGUCACUUUAUGCUUCCUCAUUCAUUGAUGGUACUCCCCAAACUAAACCGGAUUUGGGCUUGUACACAUUAGCUCAUUUUUUGGAUCGUUUUGUUUACAAAAAUGCCAAGCAAAAGCCACAAACAAAAGGUUCUUCAAUUAUGCAACCUUUGGGAGGUGCGCACACGGGAGAAUUGUUGGUUAGAUCAACAAAUGUGUUGGACAAUUCAAUGCCAGCUAAUACAGAAAAUUGGUUGAACAAGAAAGUCAGUGAUAUCAAAGCAGAUGAGAGGUUUUUUCAUCAAUACUUUACCACUAAAGUCAAUAAGUUGAAAAAGAAGACAAAUGAGGAACGUGAAGGAGACAAAGAAGGCGACGACAUUGAUGAGGAUAGGGAUGAGAAUGAUAUGGAUGAUGAUGAAGUGUGGAAGGCUUUAGUCAACUCUAGACCAGAUGUUGAAGCUUCAUCCGGUGACGAAAUGUCUGAUCUUGAUCCAGAAGAUUUUUCUGAUUUGGACGAAGAUGAUGAAGAAGUUGAGCUUCUGCAAGAAGAAGAAGAAGAGGGUGAUGAUUUUGAAGAUGGUGAAAUCAAUGAGUUUGAUAGACCACUUUCGUAUGGGAACGACGAUGAUGAUGAUGUAGGUUCCCAUAGUGAGCUUGGUGAUGGCGAUGCAGGAGAAGAUUUGGAUGAUGAAUUUGAUGAAGAUGAAGCUAAGAUGUUCAACAUCAAUGACGAAGACGAAUUGUCUGAUUCUGAAUUGGAAAUAAAGAUGUUGGAAGAUAUGGACGUGAGUGGAAGCGAUAGUGAUCAGGAAGAGAAACAACAAAAGACAGUGAAGCAAAGCAAAAAGAGAAAGAGUGGAAAGGAAGAGGAUGAUGCUUCCAAAUCAAAGAAGAAGUCUAAAAGACCAAAAAUUAAGGAUUUGCCAUUGUUUGCAUCAGUGGAAGAUUAUGCAGAUAAGUUAUAA